CUGCUGCAGCUGCUGCAGCAGCUCCUGAUGUCAACAUCAUAAUGGGAGCCAGUUCACACCCACAGGCACAUGCUUCUCUAUCUUAUGCUGCAGCUCAUGUACAGCAUGGACAUUACCAAGCACCAACAGCUGUGUCUUAUGCAGCUUCCCCUUCACAUGGGGUACCUGAACCUGUUAAACCAACCCCAGAAGUAGAGAGGGCUACUGCAGCAUUCAUGGCUGCUUGGAAUAGAGCUGCUGCACAGGCAACUCAUAUUCAACAAACCCUGGUUAAAACCUCACCCUCUGGUGCCUAUUCAAUUGAAAUUCCCAGGCAAGUACAAGCAACAGAAGAGGUUAGGAGAGCAACCGCUGAAUUUAUGGAAGCAUGGAAUGCAGCUGCAAGACGUGCACCUGUUGUUCAACAAGCUGUUUCAUAUGUGCCACAGCAGGUACAACAAACUGCUGACGUCCAAGCAGCAACUGCUAGUUUUAUGGCUGCCUGGGAAGCUGCUGCUCAACGAGCUUCAACUCUUAGGCAGGCAGUGACUUACUCUGCUGUUCCCCAACAGGUAGAGGCUACUGAAGAAGUCAAAAGAGCAACAGAAGAAUUCAUGGAAGCUUGGAGAGAAGCCGCAUCACGAGUUCCUACCAUUCAGACCACCCUAUACCAGGUUACAGGUACUACACCAUCCACUGCCGUCCCAGUAAUUGUUGGUGGUGUUCCCCAGUUCACUCCCGAAGUUGCUCACGCCACAGCCGAAUUCACUAAGGCUUGGAAUGCUGCUGCUGCAGCUGCUGCAGCAGCUCCUGACGUCAACAUCAUUAUGGGAACCGGUACACAACCUCAAGCACAUACUUCUGUAUCUUAUGCUGCAGCUCCUGUACAGCAUGUGCAUUACCAAGCACCAGCAGCUGUGUCUUAUGCAGCUGCCCAUUCACAUGGGGUACCUCAACCUGUUAAACCAACCCCAGAAGUAGAGAGGGCUACUGCAGCUUUCAUGGCUGCUUGGAAUGCAGCUGCUGAGCAAGCAACAAAAUUGAAGGCAACCUUAGUGAAGACUGAUCAUGCUAUACAGCCUCCUCGUCAAGUUCAAGAGACAAAUGCUGUUAGGCAAGCCACAGAAAAAUUCAUGUCAACAUGGAAUGCUGCUGCACGACGUGCAAAUAUUGUUGAGCAAGCUAUCUCUACUCUACCUCAACAAGUUGAAGCUACUCUUGAUGUUAAAAAAGCUACCGCUGAAUUUAUGUCAGCAUGGCAUGCUGCUGCAGAGCGAGCAUCAACCAUCAGAGACACUGUAACAACCACGACACAGUACUCGGUUCCCCAACAAGUAAAACCCACAAGUGCAGUCCAAAAAGCAACAUCUGAAUUUAUGGCUUUGUGGAAUGAGGCAGCAGAUCGGGUUCCACAGAUCGAGACAACCUUAUACACUCUCUCUGGAACUACAGCCCUUGAUCCAGCCCGUUCCCCACAACCCGUGUCUGACACACCUGAAGUAAAAGCAGCCAAGGAAGCUUUCAUGGUACAAUUUCGUGCUGCUGAGAGGGCAGCCGGUCGUACCUCAGUUGUCCGUGGUCUUCUUCCAGUCCCCACCGUGCUAGCUGCAGCCCCUGUCCAUCAUCUGGCAUACAGCGGUGGCGCCCUACAUCAAACUUUCUCCCUAAGUGACCGCAUCUUUGCUCCUUUCUCUGGUCUCCCCAUAUAUGUGAAGGACUGUGUUUAAAUUACAAACUUGCUCUUUUGUUAGACUUUCAUUCUUACACAAGUUUAUAUUAUAAUGUUGUAUCCUUUCUUAAAAAUGUAUAUGUAAAUAAAGAAUGCAAGAUUGGAAA